GUCAGGAAUUAAUACCUAAAUUAAUCACUUUUUAUUUGUGUGAUUUUAAUCUCAUGUGGUUUUAUAUGUAUAAAUGUAUUUUCGGGAUUAAUUCUGGACCUGGGCGGUGGUCUAUAGACUGAACUUGUACGGCGAGUGUGUGAUUUUCUUUGCCCACCCGUAUUCGGAGUGUAGGAUUAGUGAGUUUUGUCAGAAUGCGGGUGGGUUUUUAAUGCUGGCUGUGUUCCAGACAUGGCGGCUGUUCAGGAGUGUUUCAUUUCAGCUCCGGGGAAAUCCAUCCUGCACGGAGAGCAUGCUGUAGUACACGGGAAGGUGGCGCUGGCUGUGAGCUUGAACCUGCGCACGUAUCUGCGGCUGCGGGUCACGUCUUCAUCCGAAGUGUCCGUCAGUCUCCCGAACAUCGACACCUUCCUGUGCUGGAACAUCAGCGUGCUGAAACCACUGCUGUCUCACUGUACAGGUGAGUGUAGGAGCUCCACAGAGCUGGACACUGAGCUGAUGAGGAAGCUGAGGGAAUUUACAGGCGUCUCUGAUGGAUCCACAGACACCAGGAGCAUGGCGGUGCUGGCCUUCCUCUACACCUACCUGCGUGUCUUCUCCCAGUCAGAAAUCCUGCCCGGUCUGAAGGUGUGUGUGUGGUCUGAGCUGCCUACAGGAGCAGGUUUGGGCUCCAGCGCUGCGUACAGUGUGUGUGUCUCUGCUGCUCUGCUCACCGCCAGAGGAACCAUCAGCUCUCCUCUUACACAGAGCCAGGAGACGGCCAGAACACCUCUGGGACAUUAUGUUUCAGCCACCAGUUUGCACCUCAGACUGUCCAGGAGCUCAGUGCCCUGGUCCAGAUCUUCACACUGUGUGUCUGCAGGAGGCUUUCUGCGCUACCAGGCUGGGAAAAUUACUCCACUGAGCAAUGUACCCACACUGAGGAUCCUCCUCACCAACACUAAAGUACCGCGCAGCACCAAACUCCUGGUUUCUGGAGUGAAGGACAGAAUUAAUCAGUACCCAUCUGUCCUGCUCCCUGUGCUGGAGUCGGUGGAUGCCGUGUCUCAGAUCUGUGAGCGGACACUAGCUGAGAUGGCUAGAGAGGGAGCUUCAGCCAAACACUACAGCACACUGGAGGAUUUAAUAGACAUCAAUCAGCAUCACCUGAACGUGAUGGGCGUCGGUCACAUUUCUCUGAUCUCACUGUGCCAGGUCACACUGGCCCACGGCCUCCACAGCAAACUGACCGGAGCAGGAGGAGGAGGCUGCGCCAUCACACUCCUCACACCAGAGACAGGCGAGUGUGUGGUGCGAGACGUGAUGGAGGAGCUGAAGCAGGUUGGAUUUGACUGCUGGGAGACGAGUAUCGGAGCGCCGGGUGUCCUGAUGCACUCGCCCACCUCACUGAAACACAACAUCCUCCACAUCCUCACUAAAUACUGAUCUACUGAACACACACACA